AUGGUUCUCGCCGUUGAUCUCCUCAACCCCAGCCCUGCCUCCGAGGCUCGCAAGCACAAGCUCAAGACCCUUGUCCCCGGCCCCCGAUCCUUCUUCAUGGACGUCAAGUGCCCCGGCUGCUUCACCAUCACCACCGUCUUCUCCCACGCCCAGACCGUCGUCAUCUGCCAAGGCUGCACCACAGUUCUCUGCCAACCGACCGGAGGCAAGGCUCGUCUCACUGAGGGCUGCUCUUUCCGAAGGAAGUAA